AGUAAGUAGUUUCGGUCGUCGACAGUUCAUUCAGUGCGUUUCUCUUGCCUGUUGAUCGGCACACGCGGAAUCGAAUACCGUCUCCCUUCGCAACGGUAAGUGCCCGGUCGUCAACAAGGCCCGUGCACAGAAGUGGUGCCAAGGGAGGGUUUUUCCAGAUAUCGGCAAAAAGGCGGAGGAGGGCCUAGUGUAUGAAGCGUCGGUAAGGGGGGAUGGGGGGGGGGGUUGUUUAACACCCAACCCCCCCUUGUGCACGGGCUUGUAAUCUGUGAAACAGGGUUUAUUCAAAGAUUAACUCUGGAAUGGAGGAUACACAGUGGUAUAAAGCAUACAACGAGACUAAUUUCGACUUGUGCCUCUAUCGCACGAAACCGAUAAUGUCUCCUUAUAGCAACAAUAAUGGUUUAUCGCAGAUAAGAUGCCUGCUCAGGUUCGAACAAGUGCUUAGCGGUAUAUGAAAUCGAUGACAUCAGUUUCAAUACCGGUGUCGAAGGCGUGGGGAUUGCGAUUUUUGCUUUAUGUAAAGGAAGAAACAGAACAAGUGUGCACCAGACGAGGCUUAAUAUAGGUAUUACAAAGAUUUCCGAAGAUUAGCAUGGAGCACCGCAGUUCCGAGCUGAUGUCAGUUCUCCGAACGACUAACGAUCCAUCGCAGUUUGCUGCUGCGAUUCGUGACGGGACAGAAAUGGACCUAACUUGCGUGAAAGCCGUUCCGGAAGUGCUGAAGGCGUUGAACAUCCACAUUCCGAAACUGGUGAUCAACGUUCACGUGGAGAAGGUUGAAACGUACAGGUUUGGCGCAGAGCAAUACGACUUCGACGGCGUUGACAGCUGCGUGACAGUAGACUUGGAACUCCGGGACAACCACUACCAGCUACGCGGAUCAUCGGAACCUGGCAUGUCCGAAGGCAAUAACUGUCUCUAUGCUGCGUUGGCCACGGCGAUUCCGCAGCUUUCAAACACAUCUGCCGAAGAUUUCCGACGCCGUAUGGCUGACUGUAUUGAAACCAAUUCGGAAACUCGACGAUACAUCCAGCUUGGUCAACACCAUGCCCUUCUGCAAAGUGGUAUUUUUGGGGGCAUGGUCCUUCGCCGUAGAUCCAGAUCAACUCACGAAGAUCUCUCCAGGGUAACAUCAGCUAAAGAACAUCUGUUGGCGCGAUUCGAAGCCAUAUUCGAUAUGGCUGGCCUGGUUCAACACUACGCAGACUAUCUGCGUAUAGAUCGUAGUGAAGUUCUGCGUGCGGGUCCUAGCCAAUAUCAGGAUAGAAGCAGCUCCGAUCCAAAGUUACAUGCUGCCCAUGUAACUAGAGUUCAAAUAUCCCAGAGAGUAGAAGAUAACGAACAGAGCCUCAUUCUGGUGGAUUACUUGAAAACUCAAGUAGGACAUACUCAUCUCGUGGAGAAAUGGGCGAACGUGUGGGGCGGUGUAGCACAGGACAUCGACUUACUACAAGUCAGUUUGAUAGGUUUGUUAGAAGAGGUAGACUUUUUUCAAAAUCCUCCAGGCUUAACACAGGGCUUUGAGAAUGAUCGAUUGAAGCUUCGAAUUCUCAAAAUCAACAGACAACUACACAGAAGAGAAGCAUCAAAAAUCACUCUUCCGGACACAACUACAGCAACCGCAAUUGCUGAAAUCUGCAGGCAAGUCUUCGCCAAUGUAUUACACCGAGCGAUCAAGACCAUGAAAACUGAAUGCUUUAGAAACGUACUCCGCGACGUUCACGAUUCGAUAACAGCGAAGGAUGCUGACGAACUGCUGAAGCCAGGCCAGAAAGUUGUGGACUUCGUUCGACUGGUACAACAGCAUUGUGCCAAAACUGGCGGAGGUAGAAUCACCGAUGCGAAUGCAGGAAUUGCUAUUACUGUCCGGAAUAGCGGAGAGGGAAUUGAGGCUCACAGCGGCAUUGAGGGUGGUAGCAGUGGUAUCAGCGUUGAAAAUGUCUGUGGCAUUCGGUGUAGUUCUGGUGGAGAAGAAACACGUAACAUUGCUGAUGAUGACGAUACGGAUUGCUUGUUGAUAGACGAGGAAGAAGAUGAAGGUAGAGGAGUUGAUGGAGAAGAUGAAGUGGCGAUGGAAUGCGAGAGUACGGAGAAUGCAAGAAUGUAUGAAGCGGAUGGAAAUCACGAAAUGGUGCAAGAUUGCGGUCAGGAGGGUUCACGAAUCCGCAAAAGAGUGCACGAAAAGGACUACGAAGAGGAACACGGAGGAAAGCGCCAGAAGGAUUGCGCAAAUGGGGACGAAGAGAGACUGGAUGAUAAGCGGGAGCGGGAGCGCCAAUUGGAACACGAAAAGGAACGCAUCAGGGAGCAGAAUAGGGAACGAGAGAGGGAGCGAGACAGAGAACGCGAAAGGGAACGGGAGAGGGAGCGAGAUAGAGAACGCGAGAAGGAGCGGGAGAGAGAUCGCGAUAGAAAACGUGACAAGGAACGGAAGCUGCAGCGAGAUAGAGAGCGAUAUAGGGAGCAGGAAAGGAACAGCGAAAUACAGCGUCAGAUCGAACGCAAAAUGGAGCGCGAGAGGAUGCUGCUUCAAAGCGAACGCGAGAUGGAGUGUGAGAGAGCGCGUGAAAGGGAACGCGAGAAGGAGCGUGAAACAGCACGAGACAGGGAUCGCGAAAGGGAACGUGAAAGGAUGCGUCAGAUUGAGUGCAACAUGUGUGAGGGGAAGCUGAUGCUCCAGACCGAGCGUGAGAGGAUGCGUGAGAAAGAACGCAUGACAGAGAAUGAGUGGGAACACAUAAGGAAACGAGAGAAGGAAAAAGAAAGGGAGCGUGAGAGAGAGCGCGAGUGGGAACGAGAGAAAGAACGUGUCAUGAAGCGCUACAUGGAGCGGGAAUGGGAACGGAAGAGAGAGCGCGAGAGAGAACGAGUGAGGGAAAGCGAAAGAAAAUGCUUCACUCUACGCUUAAAGGAGUGCGAGGUAGAUCGCCAGAAAAAGCGCAAGAUGGAGCACGAGAGGGGGUGUGAGAGAGCGCGCGAAAGAGAACACGAGAAGGAACGUGAGAGAGAACAAGACUGGCAGUACGAAAGAGAACGUGGAAUAAAGCAGCAAAUUGAAUGCGUAAUUGAGUGGAUGAUGCUGCAGAUCGAGCGAGAGAGGGUGCGUGAGAAAGAACGCGAGAUAGAGAGUGGAUGGGAACACGGAAGAGAACGAGAGAUGGGGCGAUAUUGGGUGAGCGAAAGGGAAUGCGUAGAAGAGCGCGAGAGAGAACGUGAUAGGGAGCGUGAGAGAAUGCGCCUCAUUGAAUCACUAACCGAGGAAAUAAUGAGACGAGAGAUGAAGCUAGAGAGGGAAUGACAGGGAACGCGAAGGGGAGUGUGAUAAGAUGCACGAGAUAGCACAGGAUAUGGAGCGUGAAAGGGUACGCGAGAAGAUUGAUCAAGUGCAUCGCAAACAGAAGAAGCUCCAAUAAUGAAUACGAGGGAAGAAAGCAUCGUAAAAAGAAGCGCGCGAUGAGAACUUUGAUGGAUGCCUUGAAGAUAAUCAUAUGGUAUGGUAGUAUGGUUUGAACGUACAAAUAUGCAAAUAACAAUACAGUUAGUGGAAAAGUUCAAA